CCGAAUGACGGGCGGAAGGUUCGACUUCGACGAUGGCGGCACCUACUGCGGCGGCUGGGAGGAGGGCAAGGCGCACGGGCAUGGCAUCUGCACGGGGCCCAAGGGCCAGGGCGAGUACUCGGGCUCCUGGUCGCACGGCUUCGAGGUGGUCGGCGGCUACACCUGGCCCAGCGGCAACACCUACCAGGGCUACUGGGCGCAGGGCAAGCGGCACGGGCUCGGGGUGGAGACGAAGGGCAAGUGGAUGUACCGGGGGGAGUGGUCACAUGGUUUCAAGGGGCGCUACGGGGUCCGGCAGAGCCUGUGCACCCCCGCCCGCUACGAGGGGACCUGGAGUAACGGGCUGCAAGACGGCUACGGCGUGGAGACCUACGGGGACGGAGGUACCUACCAGGGCCAGUGGGCCGGCGGCAUGAGGCACGGGUACGGUGUGCGGCAGAGCGUCCCCUAUGGCAUGGCCACGGUGAUCCGCUCGCCGCUGCGCACCUCGCUGGCUUCGCUGCGCAGCGAGCAGAGCAAUGGCAGCGUGCUGCACGAGGCCGCCGCCGCCGCCGCCGACAGCCCAGCUGGCACCCGCGGUGGCUUCGUGCUCAACUUCCACGCAGACUCGGAGCUCUCCGCCGGGAAGAAGAAGGGCGGGCUGUUCCGCAGAGGCUCCCUUCUCGGGAGCAUGAAACUCCGCAAGUCGGAAUCCAAGUCUUCCAUCUCGAGCAAGCGCAGCUCGGUGCGCAGCGAUGCGGCCAUGAGCCGAAUCAGCUCCAGCGACGCCAACUCCACGAUCAGUUUCGGCGACGUGGAUUGCGACUUUUGCCCCGUGGAGGACCACGUGGACGCCACCACCACGGAAACCUACAUGGGCGAGUGGAAGAACGACAAGCGCAACGGCUUCGGCAUCAGCGAGCGCUCCAACGGCAUGAAGUACGAAGGUGAAUGGGCAAAUAACAAGAGGCAUGGCUAUGGCUGCACCGUGUUUCCCGAUGGCUCCAAAGAAGAGGGAAAGUACAAAAAUAACGUUCUGGUCCGUGGAAUAAGGAAGCAGCUCAUACCAAUAAGAAACACAAAAACGAGGGAAAAGGUGGACAGAGCAAUUGAAGGCGCGCAAAGGUCAGCCGCCAUGGCAAGAACCAAAGUGGAAAUAGCCAAUUCAAGGACUGCACAUGCAAGGGCAAAAGCAGAUGCUGCCGACCAAGCUGCACUGGCCGCCCGCCAGGAGUGCGAUAUUGCGAGAGCUGUGGCCAGGGAGCUGUCACCUGACUUCUACCAACCAGGGCCCAAAUUCCGUCAUGAUUGUCCUGGUCAUGCUGUUGAAUAUCGGGUUAGCCAUUCUGUUUGUCCACUUCCUAACGUGAUUGGAAUUAGGACAGGUAGAGCAACACACAACAUACAGUCUUGGACAGAGGAAGCCCACUUGUCGGACCUCAAGGAACAGAACAACAGAACGUUGGUGAAAAUGUGUUUAUCUGGACACAAGUGCAUUGUGCCAGGUGUGCUCCUGAAUCUGGAAACGGUGGUUUAGCUUUACAAGUUCUAACCGUUGGAAGGUGUUCUAUCUUCCUAAGACAUAAUCUCAUUUUAAAUGUUUUUGACCCGACUGAGGCAUCAGUUAUGCCCUUAAGAGGUACUAGAUUUUCAAAGACAGCAGUUCUAAGAACGAUCGUCCAAAUUGUGCAUGGAUUGCAGUAAUCAGUGCUGAGAGGGUUCAGUUUCCGUGCUGACGUACUUUACAACCAAAUACAGUCUUCUCAGUGGCUAUGUUAAUUCCCAUGAAAGUUAAGCAAGAUGUUAUUUAUAACUGCACUUCUCUUUUCCCUCCCCCAGCUUUAAUUUUUUUCAGUGAAUGCGUACAGGUAGAGCAUAAAGCCUUGUGAAACCCCCCGGUUCUUGAUUAUGUAUGCCUUUCACACUUCCCCAAGUCCAUCCGUAGUUUUAUUUCACAUUUUAAAGGCUUUGACGUUUUUAAUUUAAAUAUUUGUCUUUGGGAAGUCUCUUGUUAUUCUGACAUAAUCUGAUUUUUGCUAUUUUAUAAUUCAUUCUUCCUUACUCAGAUGCAUGCCUACUUACAGUAAUUACAUGGUCAUCAUAAAACAGUACUAUUUAAAAGAGAAAUUGGGGGAGGAAUGGUGUCUUAUUAAGUCUCUUGAAAACACUACUUUGCAGAGGAGGGGCCGUUCCUAAGUACUUUUGAGAUUUGCAUGGCUCAGUCAAAGAACCUUUUCACUUUGGGAGCUACUUUCUCGGUGCUGAAGAGACAGCUCGUACGCAGGUUAGCACUGGCCUGGGCUGGGUGCUGCGGCCCCUGGUAGUGUCUUGCAGAAGUACCGUAGAUUGAUAGUCCUGGAUGUGACCAAUACGGAAUCAAGAAGACAGCAGAGAGGGAGAGAGCACGCAAAUGAGACUUACAACUUGUAUAUGACUUGUUUUUUACAUUUUGCUUUGACUUUUUGAUUUAGGAAGUCCAUUUUACCCCAGAACAAACACUGAAGUUCCUGUCGGUCUCCAUACUUUCCCUGCUCCUUCCUGACCCCAUAGCUCCUCAUGCUGGGAGAGACGUGCACUUGUUGUAUUUUAAAUAAAAUAUUUAAUCUUAUUAAGUGUUUAUUUAAACUGUAUCGCUUUGGGGAAAAAUGGGUAACAGAUAACUACAGGAUAUGUUUAUAAGGUGAGCAUGUUGGUUCCAUUUAUAAAUAUAUGUAUGAUUUAUAAGCUUUUUUAAAAACAAAGCUCAAAUUGUUGGUAUUUUUCUAAAAUGUGCACAGCUGUAUUUUACAUGAAAGGCUCUUUCUAAUGGGUUGUUACACUGUACACUACAUUUUGGACAGCACAUGAGGUCUGUCGAUGUAACUUAAUAAACCACGACUUUUGUUAUUUAAAGUUUCUUGCUGUGAAAAAGAACUCCCUACCUGUGAGUUCCUUUAUUUAUAAUCCUUGAAACCAAAAUGUAUAAUGUACAGUUUUCACAAAUGUAUAUGCUCUAAUAAAAAACAG